GGAAGGAAGUGAUGGUUUGGUCGUUUGGACUUUUUGAGUUUGGUGUAUCCAUUCCUUAUUGUCAGCGAAAACAAAGCCUCCGGCAAAAUGGCAUCUCCUCCGCCAUUUCUAUACCCUCUUCUCAUACUGAUUAUCUCAUUUUUAUGGCAAGCAUCAGCUAUUCAACUGCCUUCAACAAAUGGUGCUCGCUAUCUGGGCAAUUUCUGGAGCUCAAGCAAAACACUUCCACUUGUUGGUAAAAGUAAAGCCCCGAAGUACGAGUACGAGACCAAAUAUUUUCAGCAGAAGCUGGAUCACUUCAGCUUCGCUGAUCUACCUUCGUUUCAACAGCGUUACCUGAUCAAUACCCAACACUGGGUGGGUCCCUCUCGCUUGGGGCCCAUCUUCCUCUACUGUGGCAAUGAAGGGGAUAUCGAAUGGUUCGCUGCCAAUACUGGCUUCGUCUGGGAAAUUGCCCCUCGUUUCGGUGCCUUGGUUAUCUUCCCCGAGCAUCGAUACUAUGGGGAGUCAAUGCCGUAUGGAAGUAAGGAAGAAGCAUAUAAGAAUGCUACCACUUUAUCGUAUCUAACAGCUGAACAAGCACUGGCUGAUUAUGCCGUGUUAAUCACUGAGCUUAAAAGAAAUUUAUCUGCACAGGCAUGCCCUGUUGUGUUAUUUGGUGGAUCAUAUGGUGGAAUGCUUGCAGCUUGGAUGAGGCUCAAAUAUCCCCAUAUUUCCAUUGGUGCACUUGCUUCUUCUGCACCAAUUCUUCAGUUUGAAGAUCUUGUGCCACCUGAAACCUUUUAUAACAUUGUCUCCAAUGAUUUCAAGCGUGAGAGUAUGAGUUGCUUUAACAUUAUCAAAGAGUCUUGGGAUGUGAUUAACUCGGUAGGACAGAUAAAUGGUGGACUUGCACAACUGACAAAGACUUUCCACCUCUGUAGGAAACUGGAGAGUGUUGACGGCUUGUCUAACUGGUUAGAAUCCGCUUAUAGUUACUUGGCAAUGGCCAACUACCCCUAUCCUACCGGCUUCUUGAUGCCUUUACCUGGAAGCCCAAUAAAAGAGGUAUGUAGGAAGAUUGAUGGUUUGCCUGAUGGUGCUAGUGUCCUGCAGCGUAUAUUUGAAGGAAUUAAUGUCUAUUAUAAUUACACUGGGAAAGUUGACUGUUUCAAUCUGGACGAUGAUCCUCAUGGUAUGAGUGGUUGGGAUUGGCAGGCAUGCACUGAGAUGGUUAUGCCUAUGGCAAGUAACAAGACGACUAGUAUGUUUCCGGAGUUUUAUUAUGACCCAAAGUUGAAUGAAGAGCAGUGUUUGAAAGAUUUUCAUGUCAAACCGAGGCCGACAUGGAUAACAACUGCAUUUGGCGGACAUGCAUUCAAGAGUGCGCUAAAAGCUUUUGGGAGUAACAUCAUAUUCUCGAAUGGCCUGUUAGAUCCCUGGAGUGGUGGCAGUGUUCUGGAGGAUGUGUCAGAAACUAUAGUUGCUUUGAUUACUGAGAAAGGUGCCCAUCACUUAGAUCUACGUGCAGCAACAGCUGAAGAUCCUGAUUGGCUUCUGGAGCAAAGGUCAAGCGAGAUUAAGCUGAUCAGGGGCUGGUUGGACAAGUACUAUGAUGAAAAGAAGGCAACUUUCAGCAUGUAGACAAUACCUUUCCUUCACCAGAAAACUGGCAAAUUUUUCUUCCCUUUGCUAACGUGAGAGACCACCUUUACCAAAUGCUUCAGUGUUUUCACCAUUCUACAUAUGACUUUCAAGGGAUUAAUCAUCGGUCGUGGUGCAGCAUAUGGAACUGAAAUGCCUUUUCUCUCCAUCAUCAUAUGAUCACUUGUGGUAACUAUCAAAGGUAAGAUAUUAGAGCAUUAACAAACUGUUACCUUGCACAGAUAUUUCUGAAAUAGAACAGAAGCAUUUUCUUCCUACUUCUUAGUGAACUACAUCUGCAGGAAAAGGAUGUAGGAAUUUGAAGACUUUGUUAUGUUUACUUCCUUGGUUGCAUCAUUGCAUCUCCAGUCUGGACUCCUUUUGUCCCUUUGUUUUAUGCCACUGUUAUUAUAUUGGAGCUUGAGUAAUUGUACUGCUACCAAUUUUUUCAAAUAUACCUUUAAAAAUUUUAAUUGA